AAGGUAUUGGGCGGGCCUGUUUCUGGUCGUUCCCUCCUCUCAGCAGCGUUCGUCGCCAACUCCCCGCAGUCUCUCGCUCUUCAGUGGCGAGCAAGGAAAAUCGAAGUUCGACGCGGAGUGAUAUCGGUGCAUUGGGUAAAAGAUGAAGCCGAGCUUCCUCGUUCUCCGUUCUCUUGUGCCCUACCUGUGCCUGUUAUUUAUGGUCUCUCCAAUCGUGAUUAGAUCAGUGUCGGCAGCUCCUCUCGAAGACCCCUUUCUCGGAAUUGCUCCCGAAGAUGAGAAAUAUUACAAAACCUCGGCGGAUUUAAUAAACUGUAAAGAUGGAUCCAAGAAAUUCAACAAAUCUCAACUCAACGAUGACUUCUGCGAUUGCCCUGAUGGCACUGACGAGCCUGGUACAUCUGCAUGCCCUGCUGGAAAAUUCUAUUGUCGCAAUGUAGGACAUGUUUCACUUUUCUUAUUUUCUUCUAGAGUGAAUGAUGGUAUCUGUGAUUGUUGCGAUGGGAGUGAUGAAUAUGAUGGUAAGGUAAAGUGCCCAAAUACAUGCUGGGAGGUUGGCAAAGUGGCCAGAGAUAAGCUGAAGAAAAAAAUCGCUACAUAUCAAGAAGGGGUUGCUUUACGAGAGCAUGAAAUUGAACAAGCAAAACUAGCUCUGACUAAAGAUGAGGCAGAGCUGACAAAGUUGAAGGAUGAGGAGAAAAUACUGAAAGGGCUUGUUCAACAGCUUAAAGAGCAUAAAGAAGAAAUUGAAAAGGCUGAGGAGAAAGAACGUUUACAGAAAGAAAAAGAAGAGAAGGAAAGAAAGGAAGCCGAAGAGAAGCUUAAUAAGAAGGAAAACAAAGCUGAGCAGGAAGUUGAUCAGGAGAUCAGAGAAGAUGUGGAUAAAACUGACAGUGAAGAGAAACCAACCGAAAGUUUACAUUAUAAUGGAGUUGGACCUUUGGAGGACUCUUCUUUAGUUCAGGAUGUGGUAGAGGACAAUGAUGAGUCAGCAGCUGAAGUUGAAAAUGGUGAUUCUUCAGAGAAUGAAGGAUCUAUGGUUAAUGGAGUAGAACAGAAUGCAGCGGAAGCAAAGAAAGAGUCUGCAGUUAUGCCUGAUUCUGGAAACAAGGGGAUUGAAAAUACUGAGGGAUUAUCAAAGGAAGAGUUGGGUCGCCUUGUUGCUUCUCGCUGGACAGGAGAGAAUACUGCAAAGCAAGCCGAACAAGUUGAUGCUGCAAAAGGUGAUGAUCAUGAAGAGCAUGAAGAGAUGCCUAGGGGGACACAUGAUGAGGAAGAUGAUGGCUAUGCUUCAGAAACUGAUAAUGACAACCAAAAAUAUGAUGAGGACAAUGAUGAUAUGGAAGACGAAGUAGAUGAAGAUUUUAGAGAGGAUCAUGAUGACUCUAGUUCUUCGUACAAAUCUGACUCAGACACUGAAUUAGACUUGUCAGAUACAACAACCCUGAGUAACCCAUCUUGGUUGGAGAAGAUUCAAAACACAGUGCAUAACAUUCUACGUGCUGUCAAUUUAUUUCAAACUCCAGUAAACCGGUCAGAGGCUGCUCAGGUGCGCAAGGAAUUUGAUGAGUCCAGUGCCAAAUUGUCCAAAAUUCAGUCAAGAAUAUCAAGUUUGUCGCAGAAGCUGAAACAUGAUUUUGGGCCUGAGAAGGAGUUCUAUUCAUUCUACGGUCGCUGCUUUGAGAGCAAGCAGAACAAGUAUAUUUACAAAGUCUGCCCAUAUAAGCAAGCUUCCCAGGAGGAGGGCCAUACUACAACACGUUUAGGGCAAUGGGACAAAUUUGAGGAUUCAUACAGACUCAUGAUGUUUUCAAAUGGUGACAAAUGUUGGAAUGGGCCUGAUAGAAGUUUGAAGGUCAAGCUAAGAUGUGGGUUGAAAAAUGAGGUUGCAGACAUAGAUGAACCAAGUCGUUGCGAAUACAUGGCAUUGUUAUCUACCCCAGCUCUUUGCCUUGACGAAAAGCUUAAGGAACUACAACAUAAACUAGACUUGAUGAAUAAAGAACAACCACAGAGUCAUGAUGAGCUUUGAACCGUCUGGUUGGCUUUGGCUGCGACUGCUCUUUCGUAAGCUGACUGGUUGAAGUGAUCCCUUGUGUUGAUGAGAGACUAAUCUGCUCAAACUUGAUGAUACAGGGAUGCAUAAUUUGAUUGAUAGUUUGAAGGAAUUUGAAGCAACACCUGAAGUGGUGCACUGAACUCACUUUUUUUUUCCCUCUUUUCUUCCCCCCCUCCCCCGGGGUUUUGGAGCACACUUAAAUCUGACAGUUGUUUUUUGUUUUUGGGGGAAUAUGAACUGAGGCUUGGGAGUCCACAUCGCACGUUUGGCUCAGCUAAAUUGAUUUUGAUAUUCAUCCUCUAAAACAUUCUGUUCCCAGAGCAGCGGUUCUCAUUCCUACAUCUGCGACUGCCAGAGUUUGCAUA